AUGUCAUUAUGUCGAAUAGUUCGCCCGUAUUAUCCGUUAUUUAAACGACAGAAUAGUAGUACAACUAAAUCUGAUUUUCGUGAUCGAUCGUUAUACAAAUAUUUUGUCGAUUUUCAAACACGAUGGCGUGACAAUGAUGUGUAUGGCCAUGUCAAUAAUGCUGUUUAUGGUGAAUGGAUCGACUCAAUUGUCAAUAAAUAUUUAAUUGAAAAAUGUUCACUUGAACCAUUGAAAUCUCCGUUGAUAGGUUUUGUUGUUUCUUCUCAUUGUAAUUAUUAUUCUCCUGUUUCAUAUCCAUCGAAAAUUGAAGCUGGAUUAUUUGUGAAACGAAUAGGAAAAUCAUCUGUCGAUUAUUGUGUUGGAAUAUUCGAUAAUUGUCAAUCAGAUAAGGCUUCAGCUGUUGGUGGUUUCACACAUGUGUUUGUUGAUCGAAUAAAUAAUCGUCCUCAACCGUUCGAUGAUGAAAUGAAAAAAAAGCUUUUAUCUAUAUCACAUAUGAACCAUUAA